AUGGAAAUGAAAAAAGCUAAGAAGAUACGUGCUUCAAUACUUGGCCUUUUAACCAAACAGCGGAAUAAUUUUAAUGAGCAAGCAAGUUCUAUUAAUAAUUCGGCUUUGAGCAUUAUGUUGCAGCUCAUCGAUGAUUAUCAUAAACGACAUAAUGCGAUCACGGAACACAUUCUGGAGUUGAGUGUGGAUGAGAAGGAAGAUGAUGAUGCUUGUGAAAAGGACGCUGCUUUUACUACAGCGUAUAUUGACCUCAAGACCAAAUUAAUGGACUUAAUUGAGGAGAAAAAAGCUGAUUUGAAUUCAACCUUCCAUUCAAGUUCAACACCAAACCAACCUGUCCGUGCAGUGAGAUUACCGAAAUUAGAACUUCCCAGAUUUUCUGGGAAAUAUUGCGAUUGGAUGGAUUUUAAGAAUGAAUUCGAAUCCAUGAUAAUAAAUGAUACUAGUUUGAAUGAUAUUGAUCGUUUCAGAUUCUUAAAAUCUGCGUUGAGUGAUGGGCCUAAGCGCAUUAUUAGUAACAUGGAAGUAACAGCAUCUAACUUUUCAAAGGCAUGGCAAGCUUUAAAGGACCGCUUUGACCACGAGGCCCUCAUAUUUGGGUCCCAUAUAAAUGAAAUUGUUUCCAUGCAAGGGGUAUCGGGCGGAGGUCCACAAGCCUAUAGAGACCUUAUCGACAAGGUUCAGGCACACUAUAGGUCGCUGCUAUCGUUGGGGUCCGCUGAAGCUGUGGCGGAGAAUUUAAUGAUUAGUCUUAUUCUCGGAAAAAUUGAUAUAAAGGCUCAAUCCAAGUGGGAAGAACAUACAAACGAGAACAUCGCAACAUGGACAAGUUUUACCAGUUUCUUUGAGAAAUAUGCAGCAGCACAAGAGCGUGUGGAUCAGACCAGAAAGCAAAGUGGAAAAUCACAGGUUGUAGAUAAACGCCCGCAAUAUGGUAAGAAGAGUCAUACUACUUUGGUUGCUAGUUUGCAUGAUAGUAAAUGUUUUAAGUGUCAAUCAAAUAUGCAUGUUUUAAAAGAUUGCCCUACAUUCCUUGCGCUUACACCCAAAGAACGUUCAGAAGAAGUAAGAAAGAUGAGCGCCUGUGUUGCAUGUCUUCAAUCAAGGCAUUCGUAUAGGUUUUGUAAGGGGCGGUGUGAGAAAUGCUCAAGGAAGCACCACGCUUUAUUGCAUUUUGAAAGCACGCAACCUGUUGUUGAAUUAGCAAGUAGUACGUCACAAAGAUCAUUUUUUGCAUCACAAUCUUUUGAAGAUGAGCAGGUUCUAUUAGCGUCAGUUAUUGUGAAUGUAUUUGAUGGAAAUGGCUGCGCCACCCCUUGUCACGCCUUGCUAGAUUGUGGCUCUACAGAUCAUUACAUAUCAGAGAGAUUUGCCAAAAUAAUAAAUGCUAAGCGAAUCAAGUGUGAUACUCUUAUAGGCGGCAUUGGAAGCAUUGGUGUUUCAUCGAAAGGACUCUGUAAAUUAACUUUUGGCUCCGUAAUAAACGACUCUGAGCGAUUCGUUAUUCAUGCAUCUAUUUUACAGAAAAUUACAGAGUCUUACCCCCCACUUGCCUUCAGUAUUUCGGAAUGGAAAAUUCCAUCUCACGUUAAAUUAGCAGAUCCGAACUUUAACAGGCCUAAGCACGUUGAUCUUUUGAUAGGCGGAGGUUUAUUUUGGAAAUUAUUAACUGGUGAGCAAUAUCCAUUAGGACCCGAUCUCCCUUAUCUUUGUAAUACGAAGCUUGGAUAUAUUGUCGUUGGAUCUAUCGCUACAUCCCCAACUCUUCUUCGUAGGGCACUUUACUCAUCUAGAGCUUCAAUCGACAAUCUAGAAUCAUUGAGGCAGCUAGUAGAACGAGCAUUUGAAAUUGAGUCUUGCACAAAGUAUAAAGCUGGCUCGUUUCUCAGUCCCAAAGACAAGGCUGUUGAGGACCAUUAUGAACUUACGACUCGUCGAGGCAACUUUGGACGAUACACCGUACGCCUCCCUUUCUGUGGCAACCCAAUCUUACUUGGUGAUUCAUUGGACAUUGCAACCCGUCGCUUCCAAGCCCUCGAACGCAAACUUGAAAAACAUCCUCUUAUGAAACAAAUGUAUUCAGAAUUUAUUGAUGAAUAUGAGCGCCUUGGUCACUUAGAAGUGGUUCCUAAUUUCGAUGCUUCUACGCCACAUUUCUUUAUGCCCCAUCACCCGGUGUUUAAAAUGUCAAGCUCAAGUACGAAAAUAAGAGUGGUGUUUGAUGCCUCAUGUAAGACAUCAAAUGGAGUCUCCCUGAACGAUUUAUUAUACACUGGGCCAAAGCUACAGGAUGACUUGUUGAUAAUACUCUUGAGGUUUCGCUUAUUCCCGUACGUAAUAACUGCUGAUAUACAACAGAUGUAUAGGCAGGUACUUGUUGAUCAAGCUGACACUAAUUUUCAAUUAAUUUUAUGGCGUAAAGAAAAGAAAGACCCAUUGAAAGUUCUUCGACUGCUCACAGUUACUUACGGUACCGCUCCUGGAGCUUAUUUAGCUAUCAAGACUUUGCAUAAACUAGGAAUGGAUGAAGCUGAGCACUUUCCUGAGGGUGCCAAAUUAUUGAAAGAAAAUUUUUAUGUAGAUGAUGCGAUGCUAGGGGCAAAUAACAUUGAAGAACUCAUUGAAGGUCGACGUCAGCUCGUUGAAAUUUUACAGAGAGGUGGAUUUAAACUGACCAAAUUUUGUUCAAAUGUAGAAUCUACUAUAGCUGACAUUCCUUUAGAAUCGCGAGAAAAGUUUGUCCAGAUUGGGGACCACAAUACUAUAAAGACUCUUGGUUUAACUUGGCAACCUGGGGCAGAUAUAUUUCGGUGUACCUACAAUGAAAUUGAAGCGACAUCUAUUAUUACGAAACGUGUUGUGUUGUCAGAGAUUGCUAGACUGUUUGACCCAAUUGGAUUUAUUUGUCCCGUGGUCACCUUAGCGAAGAUAUUUUUUCAAGAUUUAUGGCGCAGGAAGUAUGAUUGGGAUACCCCACUAACUGAUGAUCUCGCUACAAAGUGGAAUGGCUUUCGUGGUGAUCUAACAGCAUUGAAUAAUAUUUCAUUACCACGAUAUGUCCUUGGUAAUAAUAAUUACGACUUGCUACAUUUACAUGGGUUUUGCGACGCUAGUCAGAAAGGCUAUGGUGCCUGUGUAUAUACAUGGUGUCUUAAUUCUACUGGAAAAAUCACGGUUCGGCUUUUGGUUGCCAAAUCCCGGCUCGCACCUACUAAAACUCUUACAAUAGCAAGACUUGAAUUAUGUGCUGCGAGACUUUUAGUUGACAUGAUAGAAAGGUUAAGAAUUGAAGUCUUUCGAAACAUUACAAUUAGCGAUAUAAAGUACUGGACUGAUUCAACUAUCGUUCUUAGCUGGUUACAUGAAGAACCCUAUAAAUGGAACACUUUUGUAGCUCACAGAGUAGCACAUAUACAGGAAGUCACAAAGUUUGAUCAGUGGAAGCAUAUUCCAGGUGAGUUGAAUCCGGCAGAUUUUAUUUCACGUGGCAUGUUGCCAACGGAAACGUUAGAAUCCUCACUAUGGUGGAAUGGCCCUGCUUUUUUACGCCAGGCAACCACUGAAUGGCCAAAAGAAUUUAAAUUGCCAAAAUCAAACACUACCGCAUUAGAAGAAUUACGUCCUUCAAAGUAUGUUUUAACAGCUUUUAUUAAAGUGGAUGUUACUGAGUCUAUGCUUUAUUCUCGUAAUUUUCGAGGAACUCGUCGAGCUUUUGCGUAUGCACUGCGUUUUAUUGAGAAAUGUCACAAGCGCAAUCGAAUUCCUGGCAUAAAGCAGUGGCAAAUCUUAUCAAGACCAAAUAUAAGAAAUUUUAUUAAACAUCCGUCAUUAGAAGAAGAAGUGCAUGCAGAGGAAGUUUUUAUUAAAGCUAUCCAGCAAUCGGCUUUCGCAUUAGAAUAUUCGCUACUGGAAAAAGAACAGUCAGUUAAUAAAGGCAGUGCACUAGAAGCUUUGGCCCCAUUUAUAGAUGAAAAAGGCCUUAUUAGAGUAGGUGGGCGAAUUAAGAAAGCUGAGAUAGCCUUUGAUGCAAAGCACCAGAUUCUAUUGCCGAAGACUCAUCGCUUUACGUCCUCAGUCAUCUCAUAUUUUCAUCAUUAUAGAGUUUGUCACGCAGGACCACAAAUGGUGUUGGCAGCUGUUCGAAAUCGUUAUUGGCCUAUUGGUGGAUUACAACUUACAAGAACCAUCGUAAGCAAGUGCAUUUGGUGUUUUCGCAUGCAUCCUAAACUCAUCUCUCAAUUUAUGGGCAGCUUACCCGUAGAUCGUGUAUUACCACUGCAACAUAAAGCAUUUAUGGUAACCGGAGUUGAUUUUGCCGGCCCAAUAAGCGUUCGUCAUCAUAUUCGCUGCAAGCAAAACAAGGAGGUGCAUUUGGCUCUAUUUGUUUGUUUUAUCACAAAAGCCGUCCACAUAGAGCUCGUUCCCGAUCGCUCUACCGAAGCUUUUUUACGUGCGCUGAAAAGAUUUAUAUCAGAUAGAGGCAGAGUUUCUAAGAUGUAUUCUGAUAACGCUACUAAUUUUGUAGGCGCAUCCAACUAUUUCAAAGAACUAAAGGCUAACAUGGAAAAAGAUAGCGAAAUAAUUGAACGAGAAUUUAGUAAAGAAUUUAUCGAAUGGUCUUUUAUUCCACCAAGAGCGGCCCAUCACGGAGGUUUAUGGGAGUCAUCGAUAAAAAUCAUGAAGCGUUUAAUUCACAAUAUCGUAGGAUGCAUGGAAUUAACGGAAGACGAACUUCGUACAGUAGCAAAACAAGCGGGAGCAAUUAUGAAUUCGAGACCUAUAACCCCCAUGUCAGCGGAUCCUAACGAUUUGGAGCCCCUCACGCCUGGCCAUUUCUUGUGCGGUGGACCUCCUACUGCAAUACCUGAGCUUCCUGUGUUGCCUAAAAAUCCAAACUCCCUUCACUUAGCCCAACGAAUGCGAUAUUCCGAGCAGCAGCUGUGGGACCGCUUCUACAAAGAAUAUCUUCAAACUCUUCAACCAAGGUCCAAAUGGCGAUUUAAAAAUAAUAACGUCGAAGUAGGCGAUAUGGUCUUAAUGAAAUUGGAUAACUUAGAUCCCUUACGAUGGCCGUUGGGCAGAAUAAUUGAAGCUAUGCCGGACUCAGAAGGUGUUGUUCGCGUUGUCAAGAUCAGAACAAAAAAGGGCGAGUACAAACGUGGCAUUACACAACUUGCGCUUCUUCCUAAUCAAGAUUGCAGCUUGAGCUUAACAGCUCAAUAG